AUGUUUUUUGGCAAACUUAUCGAGACUCAGGAACAAAGAUUGAAGCGUCUGAAGCUGGAAUCUGCCGGAAAGUUGACUAGGUCACCACCAUCCACAAUUAAUUCGGAGUUUGCAUGGAUGUUGAGUACUUGUAAAAAGUUAAAUGUCAUAAGUAUACAGCCGAAAGAUGCAAACGAAAAUUUACCCACAAAUUUAGAGAGACAAGCAGCUAAACCAGAGAAUGUCAUGAAUGAUUGUAGUAACAAAGUUGAUAACAAUGCCAAAGAAGAAAAAAGGACAUUGAAAACAGAAAACCAUCAAUCUAACAAUACUCUGUUACCUAAAGCCAUUGUGCAAAAGUUGUUACAUUUUCCUAUGUACGAAGUGACCAAAACUAGCGAUGAACGGUGGGAUGGUAGUUCCAAAGUUAUCACUUUGUCAGCCAUGGCAAACAAAGCCUGCUUGAAAUAUCCAAGUGUGACAAAGAUUCUCUCGGCAACUAUGUCAGAAGAGGCGAAGAGUAUACUUGAAAAAUGGAAAAAGAAAAUGAUUGAAAAGCUAGGUCUUAAAGGUUUUGAAAUUUAUCAAGCAGAGUUGUUUGAAGAUGGAAAAUUACUGCAUACAAUAAUUAUGUCUCACUUGACGCAAAAACCUUACGAUGUGCCUAAUAAAAUUAAACAAUCAUUCGACAGCCUUGGUAACGUGCUGGAAGAUAUCAAUCAAGUGAGAGCUGUUGAAUCUCAUGCUAUUCAUUCAAGACUGAUGUACAGAGGAGUGGUAGAUUGUAUUGCCACUUAUAGAGGCGAACUGUGUAUUAUCGAUUGGAAAAAGUCAGAUAAAGCUAAGAGUACCAUUGGCGCUACUUACGACGCUCCUCUUCAGUUAGCUUCUUACAUUGGUGCUGUAAAUUCCGAUCCGAAUUACCCUUUUCAGAUAAAAAAAGGGCUUAUUGCAGUGGCCUACACAAAUGGAGAUCCAGCAACGGUGCACGAAGUAAAUGAAGACUUACUAAAAAUGUACUGGAAACUUUGGCUACAGAGGCUCCAAGAUUACCACGUUGCCCUAAAUACUCCACCGUAA